UACGGACUUCGGAUCGACAUCAAAAUGGGUGACGCUACCAUCGAGGGAUCCAAGUGGCGCCUGGUCGAGGUCGGCCGCGUCGUCCUCAUUGAGGGCAACCACCCGUACGCGGGCCGCCUCGCCGCUAUCGUCGAGAUCAUCGACCACAAGCGCGUUCUGGUCGACGGACCCUCUUCAGACCCCGAGCUCGCUGUUCCCCGCCAAGCGCUUCCUCUCUCCGCCGCCCUUCUCUCUUCCCUGGUUGUCGCCAAGCUCCCCCGCGGCGCCCGCCACGGCACCCUGAAGAAGGCCUGGGAGGCUUCCGAGAUCGACAAGAAGUGGAAGGAGACCAGCUGGUUCAAGCGCCGCACUCAGAUCGAGCGGAGGAAGAACCUGACCGACUUCGACCGCUUCAAGGUUCUCCGCCUCAAGAAGCAGCGCCGCUUCGAGGAGCGCAAGUCUCUCGCCAAGGUCAAGGCUGCGGCAUAAGCGCAUCAUGACCUGCGCUUCGAGGUCUUGAGAAGGAUGGGGAUGGGGGACGACACAAACGGAGAAGGCUGGUUUUAGAGCGUGGAACGGCAUGGAAACCCGGACUGGACUGCAUCAUAAGGGCAGCAUGUGGCUUGCUGCGUUCUCUUUUUGCUCCGUACUGGACGGGCUGUAUGUCACAUUCAUCAUCAAGAUGAUUCGGCGUCGAUACGGAAAUCAGAGACAAAAAUGAACUUCAUGGCAAACCAUUGCACAGACGCUGCGGCGUCGCGCAUCCAUGACAUACCUACCUUAUCCUAAGAAAUGACGUCCCCUUUCAACC